CUAUGGACAGACUACCUUCUUCACUGUUCAUCUGGGCAGUGGACACCUUGGAAAACUUCAGAGACACCAUCUCUAGAAACACCUAGCACCCUGAAUCCAUCUGAAAAUAUGCUGCCACAAACAGUCUUUUUGCUGCUAAUGUCCUUGAACGUGGUUCAUGGGAAGUUUUAUGCUGAGCGGUACCAAACACCUACAGGCAUAAAAGGCCCACCUCCCAACCCCCAGACGCACUUCUUCAUUCCUUAUGGCAUAAAGAAUAAAGGUAUUUCAGUCAGAGGAGAGCAAGGCAUUCCUGGCCCACCAGGCCCUGCUGGACCUCGAGGUCACCCAGGUCCUUCAGGACCACCAGGAAAACCAGGCUAUGGAAGUCCUGGACUCCAAGGAGAGCCAGGGUUGCCAGGACCACCAGGACUAUCAACCACAGGGAAGCCAGGGCUGCCAGGACUUCCAGGAAAACCAGGACAAAGAGGACCACAUGGACAAAAGGGAGAGGUUGGCCCAGCUGGCUUGCCAGGACCCAGAGGCCCUCCAGGGCCUCCUGGAAUCCCUGGCCCGGCUGGAAUUUCAGUGUCAGGGAAACCUGGACAGCAAGGACCUAUGGGUGCCCCAGGACCCAGGGGCUUUCCUGGAGAAAAGGGGUCAACAGGAGCUCCUGGUGUGAAUGGAAAGAAAGGAGAAACUGGAUAUGGUGCCCCUGGCCGUCCAGGUGAGAGGGGCCUUCCAGGUACACAAGGUCCCAUGGGACCACCUGGUCCUCCUGGAAUAGGAAAAAGAGGUGAGAAUGGGUUUCCUGGACAGCCAGGCAUCAAAGGUGAUCGGGGUUUCCCAGGUGAAAGGGGACCAGCUGGCCCACCUGGUCCCCAAGGUCCUCCUGGGGAAAGAGGACUAGAAGGCAUUGGGAAACCAGGAGCCACUGGUGCACCAGGUCAGCCAGGCAUUCCAGGAGCAAAAGGCCACCCAGGGGCUCCAGGAAUUCCUGGGCCUUCAGGAGCCCCUGGAUAUGGGAAACCAGGCUUGCCAGGUAUGAAGGGACAAAGAGGACCUGCUGGCCUUCCAGGAGGGCCAGGUGCUAAAGGUGAACAAGGGCCAGCAGGUCACCCUGGGGAGACAGGACUAACUGGACCACCUGGAGAUAUAGGGCCCCAAGGACCAAAAGGCAUUCCAGGAAAUCAUGGUAUCCCAGGGCUUAAAGGUGAGACAGGGCCUGUUGGGCCAGCAGGGGCCCCUGGGGCUAGAGGCGCAAGGGGUCACCCUGGCUUAGAUGGAAAACCAGGGUACCCUGGUGAACCAGGUCUUAAUGGUCCUAAGGGUAACCCAGGGUUACCUGGCCCAAAAGGUGACCCUGGUGUGGGAGGACCCCCUGGGCCCCCAGGCCCUAUAGGCCCAGCAGGAGCUAAGGGAGUACCUGGACAUGAUGGUGAGGCAGGUACCAGAGGUACCCCUGGAAUACCAGGUACAAGAGGCCCAAUUGGACCACCCGGUAUCCCAGGAUUCCCUGGAUCUAAGGGUGACCCUGGAAACCCAGGUCCUCCUGGCCCAGCUGGCAUAGCAACUAAAGGUCUAAAUGGACCCACUGGCCCUCCAGGGCCUCCAGGUCCAAGAGGCCAUGAUGGAGAGCCUGGUCUCCCAGGGCCUCCAGGACCUCCUGGUCCACCAGGCAAAGCAGUCAUGCCCGACAGCUUUAUAAAGGCAGGCCAAAGACCUUUUGUUAGUGCCAACCAGGGAGUAACAGGAAUGCCCGUGUCAGCUUUUACUGUCAUUCUCUCUAAAGCUUACCCAGCGGUAGGUGCUCCCAUUCCAUUUGACAAGAUUUUAUAUAACAGGCAGGAGCAUUAUGAGCCAAGAACUGGAAUCUUUACUUGUAGGAUACCAGGAAUAUACUAUUUCUCCUACCAUGUGCAUGUGAAAGGGACUCAUGUAUGGGUAGGCUUGUAUAAGAAUGGCACCCCCAUAAUGUACACCUAUGAUGAGUAUGCCAAGGGCUACCUGGACCAGGCAUCAGGGAGUGCCAUCAUUGAUCUCACAGAAAAUGACCAGGUAUGGCUCCAGCUGCCCAAUGCUGAGUCAAAUGGCCUGUACUCCUCUGAGUAUGUCCACUCCUCCUUCUCAGGAUUCCUAGUAGCUCCCAUGUAAACACAUUGUCACCAAGUGGAACCAAACCUGCUAGACAAGGCAUUCCCCCUCUCCAUCCAGCCCCACUAAUUGCAAAUGAAGGCAGACAAAAAGUAAUAUAAAUUAUUUUAAUUUUCCAAAAAUAUGUAUCUGAACUUCCAGACCAACAAACGUCCUCCUUAAAAGUGAGCAGCAAUGGUAAAUAUGUGAAAAUCCUCUUGAGUUUCUAGUCAGCAAUCAUAAGACCCUUGGGCAUUUUCUGUAAACUCCUUCAAUAUUUAAAAUUUUUACUGAAAAAGGCCUGCUAAAUUAAACAAAAAAAUCACAAAACACAGAUGUAGGAUUCUAAUACAUUAUAUUUGAUUUCAGAAGCUCAGCAUUUCUUUCUAUAAGAAGCCUCUUUUUAAUAUGAGAACUUCCAGGAAAUGUUGAGAAAGUAUACAUAACUUCAUAGAACUUAAAUACUUGAAUUUUUAAAUUUAAAUGACACUGUAUACCCUAGAAUAUUUCUGAUGGUGCAUUACUCUAAGGAUAUAUGGUGCCCUCUUUCAUCAAGGUAGAUUAAAGUUCACACAUGAAACUUUUGAAACUUUUAUAAGAAACUAAAAUAUUGUAUGAAAAUUAAUCUGAGUUGCAAGGUGCUUUAGUCAUGAACCUUUCCUAUAACUGCAGAAAUUCUAUAGACCUAGCACAACAUGGAAACAGGUGUCUGACCUAUCCUUGUUUAUGUAACACAAGUAUGAUUAAUCUGAUUGAAUUUCUUGCUAAAUCUUUGUACUAUGAUUUAAUGGGUUUACAGAACAUUAGCAUAUAUAUGUACCUUCCAUUCCAAUGAAAAAAAUCAUUAACCUUAAGGGUUGCAAAUUCUGACUAGAAAUGGAGACAUUAUUUAUUUAUGCUCUGUACUGUAUUUUUAUAUUAUUGUCUAAAACUUUUAAGCUGUACCUCAUUAAAGCAAAAAAUAUUUAAUCUA